UUCACGGUCACUGGAAGAAAUUAACUAUGGAAGAACCAUUGGAGGAUGACACAGAGGAUGGAUAUGAGUUGGACAUGAGUAAUGCAAUGGAGGCCAUAUGGACUCGAUUUCGGUCACUUGAUAUUGUUGGUAAAAGAGCGUUGAAGAGUAAAGUGUUUGAACUUGCUUAUCCAGCCUCAAGUUCAUUGUGUCCACCACCUGAAAAAAUAAAAACCAGAGGAGGAGUGAAGAACAAAUAUAAAGGCAAAGCACCAAAAGGUUAUGAUGUGUAUCGUGAUCCAUCAUACUUUGAACACGUUGAAAGAGAAUAUGGUGAUUCACAAGGUACAUCGAAGAGGUUGUGUACACAACAAUCACAGUCAUCUCAGAAGGAACUAUCUCAACCCUCUCAGAAGCAACAAUCUCAACCAUCUCAGAAACAACUAUCUCAGAUGUCUAAAAAACUGACAUCUCAGAAAUAUUUGGGGCAAUUUCCUGAUCAUAUGCAUCCACAUAUUGUUGACAUUGCUGAUGUGCUUGAAGAUGGAAAUUGUGGUUUUAGAGCUGUUGCAUCUUUACUUGGUUACACAGAGGAAGGUUGGUCCAUCGUCCGCCGGGAGUUAGAUGAAGAGCUUAGAAAUAAUAACAAUUUGUAUGAGAAAUUAUUCAGACAAGAUUUGCAGGUUGUGAGAGAUUCGUUGGUAGCAACUAGAUGGUUCACCAUACCUGCUAUGGGUUACUUGGUAGCAAAUAGGUAUAAUGUCGUUCUCGUCACGUUGGGUAAACCUAGUAAGACUUUCUUUCCUAUGAUGACUUCAUAUUCCUCUUCAGCAAGGUUUUUUUGUAUUGGUUUUGUCAAUGGAAAUCAUUGGGUUCCGGUAAACAUGUCAAAGGGGUUUCCGUUGCCCGAAGUUACAGCUGAUUGGAAGAAAUUUUGUUCACAUGAAGCAAGGUCUUGGAUGUCAAACUUAAACGGACGCCUACAAUAUUGGAACCUUCUAAAUCCUCCGGUGAAACCUCUUAGUGGUGUUAUGUCUGUUGAAUAAUUUUUAAUUGUUUAUUUUAUGUCGAAUAUUUAUAUUACUUAUGU